AUGGCUGGUCUUGUGGAUACGCGCCUGCUGGGACGACCGAACAAGUAUUCAGGCAAUCGGGAUGAGUUUCCGACUUUCAAAUAUCAGCUGAUCAGCUACCUUGGCGCGAUCGACCCGGGGCUGGCAUCAGCAGUGACAACGGCAGCUAGCCACGGCACGGUUAUCACGUUGACCGAGAUGGGAGACGACAACAAGCAGUAUGCAGCGACGACGGGAUACAUUCUGUCACAGUUGUUGGGAGGCAGCGCGCUCACCUUGGUGAUGAACUGCGAGCAAGGAAAUGGAUUGGAGCAGUGGAGGCGACUAUGCAUGCGAGAAGAUGCGGCGACAAGCUCCAACAAGGUGACGCAGCUGCAGCUGUUAGUGAAUUCGGAGUUUUCAGGCAAGUGGGAGACCUACGUCGAAGAGCUCACGAAGUUUCUGUUGGACGUUAAACGGUGCCAGGGGAAGCUUAGUGAAAUGAUCUCGGACACCCUCAUCCAGGCUAUGAUCAAAAAGAACACGCCCGAGCCGCUCAGGACACAGGUGAUGAUGCAAACGUUCACGUCUUAUCAGACUCUACGUGAGACCUGCGAGUCCUAG